AUGUCCCCGAGUCACGGCCAUCUGAUACGGGUGUUGGUCGGGUCCCUUUUACUCCAACUGUGCGAUGCCAUCAAGGCCAAGGGGAGUCUGCCAGCAAUAAUUGAGGUAAUAUAACACUAGAGCUGGGCCUCAAAUAGUGAUUACGUAAUCGAGUAUUAAGGGCGAGCUGAGAUUUGACUAAAAUUUAAAAACACCGUUCACCAUUGAAAAAAUAAUUGAUGACUAUGCAUAAAAUUGCAAUCUAAAAAAAUUAAGCAUAAAAUUGCAGGUAAAUGCAGCAAAGGGUCAUCCAAACCCGAUCCCAACCUCGUUACAACCCUUAAAGCUAUGGUGUCAGGCUAUUGAUGAUCAAGGCCGACCUCUUCCCCUGAUUUCUGCUCAAUUUCGAUCAAAAAGUAAUGCGUAUCCAGCCACUUUGAGUCCCGACAAAACUAAUGCCAGCAUCUCGAUAGAAGCCGCUCAAUCUUCAGAAGCCGGCAAAUGGAGUUGCGAUCUUCACUCUGGCUAUGGAAAUAUCACGGGAAUCAUUGAUGUGUUCGGUAAGUUCACCAUUAAUUUAAUGAAGAUUAAUAAAUUUAGUGAGACCAGUCAUAAAACACAAUGGAAAUGUCCGAGUUGAUGAAAAGGAUGGCUCAAAGUUCUACUUGGAAAUCAGCGGCCAUACAGUGACAGUGGGUGAUAAUGUCACCUUAUUCUGUCCGGUUUACGGUCAUCCACCACCAGUUGUUUCGUGGAGAAAGGGGGGCAAAAUUAUACCUGUAAGUGAUCUGAUUCAUUGAACAAGCUAAAAAGCUUUAAUUACUCAUGUUUUUGGUGCAUUGAUGUAGGCGUUUCGUCGGGGAUCAUUCGGAAAACAAAACAAAUCGGCCUUGGAUCUGAUCUCUCGGUUCGAAAUGACAUAACAAAAAGGGCUGACGUUUUUUGAAAACAGGAAGUAGUUGGCCAUGAGGACUACAUAGAAAUCGGAUAUGCGGUACAAACAAUAACGCAACAAUCGUAGUUGUAAAUGCUCAUACAUCUGAUAUGAACAACAAUUGGUUUCUACAGUAACCUUCCUUUAGGCAUCCCCAUCCAACUCGUAUGCUCUUAUAUUCCCCUCAACGACAGAUGCAGAUGAAGGUGUAUACACGUGUGUGGGCACCAAUACUAUCCAUCAGAAUGGUCGGCCGAAACAACAUUCAGUCACCAUUGAUCAACAUCUUCGGAUCAAGAGUAAACUGGCAUGGUUGGUGCCUUUCCUGAUCAUCCUGGCUAUCUUGAUCACUCUGGCCGCAGUCAUCAUUUUUUGUGAAUGCCGGAGGAAGAAACAAACCAGGGAACUCAAACCUCAAGAAGACGACUAG